AUGGGAACUGAGACUCCCCACUCCCACGGGGGAAACGUGGCUGCUGGGGUCUUGUCUCAGGGAGCCCUCUCGGCCCUCCUGGCCUGGCUCCCAAUGCAGAUCCCACCCUCAGGAGGCCCGCAGAGAACCACCACCUCACGGCGGCAAGGUUCCAAGCCAGCUGCAGUGUGGAGGGAGGACGGGGUACAGGAACGUGAGGUGAAUGCCAGGAAAACGGUGCACUUGCCUGGCGCCAUCCUGCACAGCCAGGAGCAGAGCAGCACCAGCGCCCCCCUGAAAGACAGCAUCCCUGAGAAGCCAGUGUCAUCCAUCCCUCUCACCGGGGACAGCCAGACAGACUCCGACAUCCUGGCAUUCAUCAAGGCCAGACAGAGCAUCCUGCAGAAGAAAUUGGCCUGGGAGUUCUCAACGUGCAGAAGGGCACAGAACCAUGAGUCCAGAAGGAACCCGUCACCUUCAGGAGCUCAGGUCUCCAGUAAGCGUCCAGCCGUGCACUGUGGCCGCAAGGACGGAGUACAGAUGAAGAAGCCCAGGAAUGGCUGCGACAGGCCAGGCUGGACAUCAGAGCCAAGGAUGAGGCAAUGGAAUGCAGGGCACCUUGAGAGCUGGUCCUGACCACACAGACCAAACCCUCCACUGUCCUCCUCACGGCCCGGGAGACAGAGGCCACGCCUUGAUCAGCUGUGUCUCCAGGGAGCCACCCACCUUGCCAGGUCUAAGGACGCUGCAGCACCCAGAGAGCAAUGGAUGGCUCCCGGCAGCUCUGCAGAGAGCGCGAGGCAACACGGGCACCUUGGACCUCACCCCCUCCCCCAGCUACAUGGGGCUCUGCGGGAUGGGAACUGAGACUCCCCACUCCCACGGGGGAAACGUGGCUGCUGGGGUCUUGUCUCAGGGAGCCCUCUCGGCCCUCCUGGCCUGGCUCCCAAUGCAGAUCCCACCCUCAGGAGGCCCGCAGAGAACCACCACCUCACGGCGGCAAGGUUCCAAGCCAGCUGCAGUGUGGAGGGAGGACGGGGUACAGGAACGGUACCAAGAAUGAAGCUAAGAGAAUAAAGCUGCCGCCCAGUGCUCCUUGAUCUCUGUCCUAUAAAUUCGGCACCUCACCACCUGGGGGGAGAGCAGAGAGAACACAGUUUAACUGGCUUAUUUCCUCCAACCCCCACCCCAUCCCGCUCAAGACAGGUAAAAAGAUCAUGCAGAAGACAAACCGUUACGUUCCAAAGCUGGACGGGCCCACAGAGCCCCUCUUGUCCACACCCACACUUAUAUAACUGGGAAACCGGAGCAAAGGCAAGGACCUGGCUUGCAAGUAGCUAGCUGGUGGCACGUGUCCCCUCUUCAGGGGGCUUCCCUGACCGCCCCAACUCAUUACUCUCUAUCCCAUUACUCUGUUUUAUUUUCUUCAUCACUAUGUGACAUACCGCCUUUCUUUAUUUGCUUAUUUCUUGAUGGCCUGCAACCUGUACCCCCCACCAAGAUCAAAGCUGCAUGACAACAGGGACCCAUCUGUCUGCUGCGCAUCACUGUGUCCCCAGCACAAGGUGGCUCUCCACACAUACCCCUUUGAUUAAUGAGCGGCAGAGUCAGAAUGCAGCUCUCCUGCCCCUCGGGCUGCUGUCACUCGCAGGGCUUCACUCUGGCUCUGUGACUGAAGCCUAGGAAGGCAGGGC